AUAUGCAUAUUUGAUUAUUUAUUUGAUUUAAGGGAUGCAUCUAUGGAAUUGAACUCUUUGUUGAACUCGGUUGAUAUCUGUGAAGAAUAUUCGAGUGUUGUAGUGAAAAUCAGUUUCUGAAUGCUGAUUUUUCCUAAUUCUUUGCUGCUUGUUGUAUCGCUUGUUCAAUUGUGUAGUCAAUUUUGGAAUUUUAACUAUGCUGUAUGCGUGCAUGCGCGCGUUGGGUUUAAACAUUGAUUCCCUGUAGUGCAGUUCAUUCUACUGCACACUGGUUCAUAUGGCUUUGCGAGGGGUUUGGCAACUUCACAAACUGAUUGUUAGUUACUGCAACUGGGGUGGAAGUAGCAGAGGUAUAAGGGCAUUUAUGGAGUCUCAGUUGCCCAUAUUUAAAGAGAAGAAUCCUCAAUUAGAGGUGGUCACUGAGCUCAUCCGCGGUCAGCAUCCUCAUCUGAAGGGUUUUUACAAGAACAAAAACCAGCGAGUGAUAUGUGUGAAGAAUAUGGAUCCAGAAGACAUACUUUUGCAUGCAACCAGAUUAAGGAAUGCAUUGGGCAGAAAGGUAGUGAAAUUGAGGUCAAGAGAUGUAACCAAACACCCUAGUGUGCAAGGUACGUGGACAACUGCUGUGAAAUAUUAAGAACUAGGUAUAUGAGAAAGUUACCCUUGGUGUAUUUGACAAGAUUUUCCUUCUCUUCCGGUGACUUAGUCAGUUUGUGAACUGGUGAGAGUAAGUUCUAAUUUUAUCUAUCUGGCGCCAUUUCCAGUCAA